UGUGCUCCUCAGGUGUUCUCCACCGCUGCUGAUGGACAGACUCAGGUGGAGAUCAAGGUUUGUCAGGGAGAGCGAGAGAUGGCCACAGACAACAAGCUUCUGGGACAGUUCACGCUGGUCGGCAUCCCUCCGGCUCCUCGUGGAGUCCCGCAGAUUGAAGUCAGCUUUGAUAUCGACGCUAACGGGAUCGUGCACGUCUCCGCUAAAGACAAGGGCACCGGCCGAGAACAGCAGAGUGAGUCCAGACAAACAUCAAUGAUAUAUGCU